ACAUUUACCUUUUACAAGCUUGUGGCAUGGUUUAAUGAUAGACACACCCACGCAGUUGGAUUGCAGAAUGAGGGAGAGAGAUGGGCUCCAAAGCCUAAGACCUUUCUAGAGAAGGCAAAGGAAAGGGCAAACACACACACUGUUGAUUGUUUUGACUUACAGUCAGGGACAUAUGAGGUAUUCCUUCAAGCUGGUACUACUUCUGACGGCGAGUCACAAGAGUCGAGGAAGCAUGUGGUUGUCCUUAAUGACUUGUCAUGUACUUGUGGCGCACCCAGGCAAUACCAUUUUCCAUGUUCUCAUCUAAUCGCAGCUGUUCGAGCUCGUAACUUUGACUUAGAGAGGAGGAUACCUCAAGAGUUUACUAUUGAUAAACUAGUGUUGACUUGGAGUCCAAGAUUUAUUCCUUAUCGUGACGCGGGUGAGUGGCCUCCGUACGAUGGCCCAAAGUAUGUCGCUGAUCCAAGUAGUCGUUGGACCAAGCGUGGAUCCAGGAAGAGGACGAGGCACAAGAUGGUUAUGGAUCAGGUUGGUGGUAGGAGUAGAAGGGGAAGGAGAACACCAUUUCUUACCGACCCCGAGCAGUAUGAGUGUGGCAAGUGCGGUAGACUUGGUCAUAAUUCACGCACUUGUCGUUGGCAGAUUAGCGAGGAUGGCACAGUUCCACCUCCUCGACCCGUUCUACGACGAGAGCCACCGGGGGCGCCUUCUGUCGGAAGGCCAGGACCUAGCAACGCUUCGUUCUAGGACACACAAUGGGUUCCUAGACAUGGUGUUCGACGACAGGUACACUAAUUACCUCAGACGAGCAGGUCUAGAUGUAAUAUCUUACCAGUUACGACGCGGGUUGCCUACUAUUGAUUCGGCGGCCAUUACUGCACUUGUGGACAGGUGGCGGCCUGAGACACAUAGUUUUCAUCUUCCUUUUGGUGAGAUGACAGUCACAUUAGAGGAUGCACAGAAGAUACUUGGACUCGAUGUUGGUGGCAGAGCAGUGACAGGCCAAUGUGACUCUGACGGUUGGAGGGCUAGAGUUGAGGGCUUUCUUGGUAGGGAGCUUCCUGCUGAGGGCGUUGAAAGGACUGCUGGAGUAGGCAUCACAUGGCUCCGUCAGUCUUUUGGUGUGUGCCCUGCUGAUGCUGAUGAGGCUACAGUCCAGUUCUAUUGUUGA